CCGGUUUUAUCGGAGCACCAACACAUCUGCUGUUAUGUGCUUCCAGAUAAUUUAUAUUCAUCGUGUACCAAAAAAAAAUCAAAUAUAGAUAUUGGGAAAGGUGUGUUGAUCAAUUUUGGUUUGCGAGCAAAGAGCCCAUUGAUAUUAAAAGGCCCAGUAUCAUAAUUUUGGUUUUCCGCUUCUCAGGAAAGAAGCGCGGGAAAUCAUAAAAAUUGGAAAAAGUAAAAUACGCUGCAGAAUCCUGAGUGAGGAAGAAAAGCAAAGAGAGCAAGAGACGUCGUAAUCUAAUGGAAGAAGUUCACUCAGCGGCGGAACCUAUUGGAUACUCCGAUUCUCCAUUUACCAUAUCCCAGCCGCCAGAUAUUACGAAUUGGUUUUCAAGUUACGUCUAUGAAUCUCUUGCACUGAGUUCUUCAGGCAAGGACGACGGUGAAAGAGAACCACCGAACGGGUUUUCUGUUAGAGAGGAAGAUAAAUACAUUCUUGGUGCGGACAAAGAUCAUAAACCUAUGAACAAGAAUAUUCAAAAGACAAAUCUCUAUGAGUCACCACUCCUUUCUGAACCUCCUGAUAUAGGCAAUUGGUUUUCUAGCUAUGCUUAUGAAUCACCGCCCGUCCUGGAUACAAAUGAUGCUCUUUGCUUUUCGGUUGGUGGAGAAGAUAGUGAAUGUGUAAAGGAGACGCAAGCAGAAGCAGAAGAAGAAGAAGAGACUAAAGACAUUGAAGGAAAAGAUGAUGUUUGUCCUAGUUUGUUUGAGCAACAACUCGUCUCUUCUUCUGCAAAGGUUGCAGAUUUCUCUCAGUCUCAGCAUCUUCUUUCAGAGCCUCCUGAUGUUGGGAACUGGUUUUCAAGCUAUGUGUAUGAAUCUCCUCAGCUUUCAGAUACUCAUGAAAUUGAGUUUUGUUCUUCUGAGAAAGAUGAUCAACUAAUCAUUGAGGAGAGUGACACUGAGGGAGAAAAUAGUUCUGGUAUUUUCCGAAAAACUAAGAGCAAGCAAGAGACUAUUCCUCCUGGCUGGUUAAAAUCAAAUGACUGCACGGAGGCCAAGGAGGUCUCUGCAUAUUCAAACCAAGAAAGGGAAAAGAAGUCAACGGUUAUAUUGUUCAAUGCUUCAACCAAAAAAGAGGACAAAGAUUCAAGCUUCAAGCAAGAACCAUUGUUCAGUGAAACGAAAGAAGAAGCAAACUUUAUCCCCGAAGGCUACAACCCAAAACCACAAUCAUUACAGGAGCUGAGACCAAAACAUAUCCAAGAAACCAUUUCCAACAGGCAAAUGUCUCCAAGAAAAGCUGCUCAAAAGGCUCGUCCAGAAGAAAAUAUGGAGUCAGUAAACCAAGAAUCAGAUGACAAGGAAAAUGUUGACGCUGAAACUGGAUUUGUAACCAUGAAGAAGGCAAGAUUUAGAGAAUCAAGAGACCAAAGUUCCAUGAAGAAACCAAUCAGAGGAGUUCUGAGGGAGUGCUCGAGAAGUAAAAAGCUAAAGAAGAUGGCCACAGAAGAAGAUGAAGAAAGAAAGAAGAAGAAGAAGAAGAGAAGAGUUCUGGGUGAAAUGUGGAAUCAGCAGCUUUCUGGGGGAGAGGAGAUUGCAGGAAAAUGGAGUUGCCCUCAGAGAAAGAAAGGGAAAUCAGGACCGCCAUUGAAACAGCUUCGACUUGAUGCGUGGGUGCAUAAAGUCUGAGUCUUUUGAGGAGGAGGAGGAGAAGGAGGAUGCUUCACCAACAAACAAUGUACACUAUUAACACUGUAUUGUUUCCCUCUCUUUUUCUUUUUUUUUUUGUUGUUGUUGUAUUCUUCCUUCCAUAGUAAGAAGAAAAACUCGGUAAAUAACACAAACCGGAUCAGACCGGAUUCAAUU